AUGGUGUCGGUCGACGAAAACGACUCAGGAGAGGCGGCCGUACUGCUUAUUCACUCUUCCCGCCUGAUAACCGAAGAGGUAGUGUUCCGGGGAAUAAGGAUCAAGGCCGUGAUUGGCACCGGAGUGGUGGUGUUGGUGGCGUCUCCGAGCUUGCAAGAGAAACUAGGAGCUCGUCGUAUGGGAUGGGACGGAUCGUAUGUAGUCAAGGUAAACGGCCAGAGAGCUCCCCCGCUAGGAGCACUGGAGCUAGAAAUCGAGCAUAGAGGAAUGAAGGCCAGUGGAGAAGUAAUUCUAUUGGAAAUGACAGGGAUCGAGUUACUGCUGCGCAACGAUUUUUUGAGCCAGUUCAAGCGGCUCCAAAUAAAUUACGUCCCGAAUGGCACUGAAUUAUUGCUCGGAGAGUUACCCUUUAACGUAAUCGAAGAACUAGAGGCCGUGAAAGCACCUAGAUUGGCCACGAAGACGGGUAGAAUGCUUCCGCCCGGAGCCAUUGUUCCGGUGGAGAUAGAAGCCACGACUCUCAAUGAGGCAACGUGGAUGAUUGAACCCUCGGAACAUCUUGCUCGAGCCAAGGGGGUGACGGCGGGUAAAGUGCUGGUGUCUUCGGAUCAACCGUUAGGACUAGUGUUGAUGGUUAACUUAACCAAUCGGCGCGCCUAUCUAAGGGAGGGAACCGUUUUGGGGCAGAUGGAGGCUGUGGAACCCUCCAUUGUCGCAGUGGAUGAAGGAGGAAUGCCAGAUUGGCUGGGCGACGAUGUUUGGGAGGACUCAGCUGAGUCAAUAAGAGGCUCAGAUUCUACGCCGAGAGGGGCCUCUAUUCCUCGUCAAGCUUUUCGGGCUCAAGUAGCAUCGACGCUUCCUCCUGCUAAUGUGGAGAAGAUGGUUGAGCUACUCGAGGAAUUUUACACUAGUUUUGCUUUGAAGGAGGGAGAACUGGGGGUGUGCAGGAUUGCAGAGCAUCUUAUAGAUACUGGUACAGCCCCACCGGUACAUCAGUCUCCCUACAAGAGUGCUUGGAAAGAGAGGGCUAUUGUGCGGAAACAAGUGGACGAAAUGCUGAGCCGAACUGUAAUCGAACGUUCAACAAGCCCGUGGGCAUCACCUGUGGUCUUAGUGAAGAAAAAGGAUGGAAGUUGGCGUUUUUGUGUCGACUAUCGCCGCCUCAACGCCAUAUCUUCAGUAAAGGAUGUUUACCCGUUGCCGAGGAUCGGAGAGACGUUGUCUUGGAUGGGGAACGCUAGGAUCUUCUCGACGUUGGAUCUGGAGAGUGGGUACUGGCAAGUACCACUAAACGAAGAGGAUAAGGUCAAGACGGCGUUUGGUCACCCCCGACGGGCUUUAUCAGUUUCUGGUUAUGCCCUUCGGGUUGGCCUUCUUACCGGGGACGUUCCAACGCAUGAUGGAUUUGAUUUUAACCGAUCUGAGAUGGACGAUUUGCCUCGUUUACCUGGACGACAUCAUCAUCUACGCGGCUGA